UCAUUUAGCUUUGACGUGAAUGAGGUCUAAUGGUAACUUCUUCAGGUCUCUACACAAACAGUUAACGAGAGCCUCUGUGUUUGUUUAAAUGUUCAAUCAUCUACCUAGUAUAGAGGUAUUGAUGUACUACCUAGUAUGAACUGGGUUGGAGGAGUACGCCGCAGGGUGUUUUCUAAGGCGGAGGAAAAGCGCAGGCAAGAACAGUUUUUUGCCAAACAUGCUGCCGCUGCAAAGUUGCGUGGUCUUAAUAACAGCUAUUCAAGAAACACUAGAAAGGAUCAGGUGUUGGAUGUUUUUUCAUCAUCAAGACAAAGACCUGUAAAAUUGGGAGGCUCCCAUCUGAGAGUGCGGAACCAUGAAAGAGAAGACAUAGUCUUUGCAAAGAUUAGGAGUGGAGAGUCAUGUAGCGUUAACAGUAAGGAUCUUCCCUCUUUUGGGAAACAUCACAAUCAGGAAUGUAACAAAAGUACAGAUUCAGAGAAAGUGAGAUCUGAUCUCUUCAAGAAAUUCCGGAUCAAGCCUUCUUCUAUUCAUGGACCAUUUUCAAAAUAUCUUUUACAGUUAGAGUUGCAAGGUGUCCAAAAGAAGAUAGAGGACCAAAAGAAGAACCAACAGAAAAAUUUAAAAGCAAAUAAAGGUAGAACUGACAUAAAAACAUCCAAAGAUACCAGACAGUGUAAGGAAGACCUGAGAGCCAAACAGAAUUGCACGCUUAACAAGACCAAAAAUGACUGUAGCAUUCUUAAUCAUGAGAAUGGUAUCAGUCAGACAGCUGAAAAUGUAAGGACAUAUCAAUGAUGCCAAAACCAACACAAGUAUAGCAAGGAAAGUAAAGACCAGGAGAUUAAAAGCAUCACAGGGUCAAAGAUAAUUUAUGCCAGUGAUAGGAAAGAACCAGAUAAUCUUGAUGGAAAUGAAUAUCAGGUCAGAAGUUUCAGAGAAGCAAAAUUAAAUAAAGUUUCACAAAACA